CGGAAGUGACGCAGUUUGUGUGGAUGUGGGGCUGUCAUGGACGACAUUGGCUCGUCGGGGGCUCUCUCCGCCGUGCAGUCUGACACCAUAGAGGGGCUGACAGAGCUGGAGGAUCUGGAGCGAGUAUACGCGAAGCUAUGUGCCGAAGAGGCGGAAGUGCAGGUGGAGUUGGACGCCUUUAUGGGACAGCAGAGCAACAUAGAAACAAAGAUGCUUGCCCUGCAAAGGAUGGGACCCAACUUGCAGUUGAUUGAGGGAGAUGCUGUGCAGCUGUCUGGCAUGAUCAACUUCACCUGCAGCCUGGCAGAGAACGUCAGCAGCAAAGUCAGACAGCUGGACCUCACCAAGAAAAGGUUGUACCAAGCCAUCCAGCGAGCAGAUGACAUUCUUGACCUGAAGUUCUGCACAGAUGGAGUUCAGACCGCCAUGCGAAACCAGAACUAUGAGCAGGCUGCUGCCCACAUUCAUCGCUAUCUUUCUCUUGACCAAUCAGUGAUUGAGCUCAGUAGGCAAGGCGGAGAGGGCAGUGCAGUUGAAGCCAGCCUUGCAUUGCUUCAGGAAGCGGAGCACAGUCUGAAGGCACUGGUUACUAAGCGACUGGAGGAGGCAGUUACCACAGGUGACUUGCCUGAAGUGGAGCGCUUUUUCAAAAUCCUCCCUUUACUGGGACUCCAUGAACAGGGACUUGCACGCUUUGCUCAAUACCUUUGCAGUCAGUUGGCAAGUAAGGCCAAGGAAAACUUGCUCCUGGCUGUUGGCUCUGAUCUUGGUGACCGAAGAGCACCAGUCAUAUUUGCAGACACCCUCACACUACUGCUUGAAGGUAUUGCACGGAUUGUUGAAACCCAUCAGCCCAUAGUGGAAACAUACUAUGGGCCAGGCCGAUUGCACACACUCCUCUCACACCUUCAAAAAGAGUGUGAUACACAGGCACAGAAAAUUGUGGACAAAUUCAUCCAACAGAGAGAUUACCACAAUAAGUUUCAGGUUGUCCAGAGCAGCAUGAUGAGGGGCAUGACAACGGAAAAGAUUGAACCCAGAGACCUGGAUCCUGUGUUAUGUGAGGUUACCUUAAUGAACUCAAGAGCAGAGCUGUAUUUUCGAUUCCUGAGGCGGCGUAUCGUGGCUGACUUUGAGGUUGCAGAUGCAAUGGCAGAUGAAGCAGUUAUACAAGAGCACCAGCAGAGUUUAGAGCGGUUACUAAAGGAUUGCCAACUGAGUCGCACAAUGCAGGAGCUGAUUGGCUAUUACAUUCCCAUGGAGGAGUACUACAUGAGAGAGUCUGUCAACAAGGCAGUUUCCAUGGACGUAGCUGAUGUCGGUCAGCUAAGCUCCAGCAUGGUGGACGAUGUGUUCUACAUUGUGAAGAAAUGCAUCAGCCGAGCCCUCACCAGCAAUAGCUCAGAUUGUGUGUGUGCUAUGAUCAAUCAUGCAACCAGCGUCCUAGAGACAGACUUCCGAGAGGUGUUAGUGUGUAAACUGCGAGCUGGUUAUCCAGUUAGUGCUCUGCAGGACCUGCAGCGUGGGGUCAGCAGUGCAGUCAGUCUGAUGCAGAGCAGCCUGCAACACGGCAAGAUAACAAACCUCACACAAACUCUCGGCAUAGAGAGCCAGGAGCAAGCAAAGAGUGCUUACUUGGUGGCUCUCAAUAAUGUAGAAGUCUGCAGUGAAAAUAUCAGCACUUUGAAAAAGAAUCUGGAGAGUGAUUGUUCCAAGUUGUUCAGCCAGGGAGCAGGCUCUGAGCAUGCGAAGGCUAAGAUAGACAGCUGCCUAUCUGAUUUGGUGAAUACUUCCAGCAAGUUCAAGGACCUCCUUCAGGAGGGCCUUCAGGAGCUUAAUAACACAGCUAUCAGGCCACAAGUAAAACCCUGGAUCAGCAGCUUUCUGUCAGUCUCUCACAAUAUUGAAGAGGAAGAGUUCAGUGAGUAUGAGGCCAAUGAUCCUUGGGUUCAACAACUCAUUGUCCAAUUUGAGCAGCUCAUGACUGAUUUCAAGGUGGGCUUGUCUCCAGUCAUCUAUGAUACUCUAACUAGUCUGAUGACUAGCCUUAUUGCCAUGGAGAUGGAAAAGACUGUCUUCAAAUGUACCUUCAGCAGGCUUGGUGGAUUGCAGUUUGAUAAGGAGCUGCGUUCUUUGGUUGCGUACCUCUCCUCUGUCACCUCAUGGACCAUCAGGGAUAAGUUUGCCCGACUUACACAAAUGGCAACUAUUCUCAACCUAGAGAGGGUAUCAGAGAUCCUGGAUUAUUGGGGGCCCAACUCGGGGCCUUUGACUUGGCGUCUGACCCCUGCGGAGGUUCGACAGGUCUUGGCACUCAGGGUAGAUUUCCGCAGCGAGGACAUUAAGAGAUUACGACUCUAACAAACACGCUUAAAACUUUUGAGUUUUAAUGCUUAAGAAAUGGUUUUUGGGUUACUCAAAUCAAGGCAUGUUGUUUGUAGGCAUUUGUGUACACUAAGAUUAGUCCUGUGUUGUUGUUUUUUUAAUAAUAAAUAUAUUACCAGUCAACAUUGUGUUUCAAAUUGUCUGUCCUUCAGGAGGUUGUGCACCACCACCUUGCAGUUCAAGUUCAAUAUCUUGUGCCCAAAUUAUUUUUUUAUUUUGUUUUUUGUUACAUGCUGUAAAGCUUCAUUAAAAACAUAGUUGAUGAAGAAAUUAAAAUAUUGAUACCCUUA